UGUUUUUUAUUUAGUUUUUAAACUAUGAGGAAGAGAAGCAGCAGCAGCGCCAGCAGGAGAAGCUCAACAAACAGAAGACGCAGUGAGAAUUUGCGUUUUGAUGAAUUCGGCUUUGCUCUCACCAAAAGAAAAGACCAAAAGCUUCAUCAUCGAUGUCAUGAGUACAGUUACCCCCAGCUGAGCUCACUGAGGGUGAAAGAGCUGUGUGAGCUGCUGAGCUACUGGAAUGGAGCCAGCUUUAUCUGCAAGAGCCAGAUUGAGCGAUUUAUCAGAAUGGGUAUUCCUCCAAGCCUGCGAGGCAGAGUGUGGAAGUGUCUUCUCACCACUGACAGUCUGAGAGAAAGCAGUGAAUUUAACUACCAGAAGUGCUUGUUAGAGGUGCGAGGGCCCCUGGUGGACCUGGGUGUCAGUGAGUACGGCAUCCUGUCAGCAAUAGCAACACUCAGCGACACACAGAACGACCUGGGCCUGAAUCCUCAGCAGCCCUCCAGCUGCCCUGAGCCCUGCUACUCUGUAGACGACAUCACAUUGUUUCGACAGAUUGCCUUGGACCUGCAGCGCUCCUUCCCAACCCACCGCUCUCUGAUGGGGGAGAGCCCAGAAGCCAUUGAGGGUCAGGCCAAGCUCUUCAGGGUCCUCAUUGCCUAUGCCAAAUACAACCCAAAGGUUGGAUACAGCCAAGGGAUGUCCUACAUAGCUGCAGUGCUGCUGAUGCAUUUGGGAGAGGAGGAGGCGUUUUGGGCUCUGACGGCCUUGUUGGAUAAACCCAAAUAUCUGGCUGAAACGUUUGACCUCAGCCUCACCAAGGUCCAACAUCAGGUGAAGGUGUUUGACCAGUUCCUGAAACACAGGAAGCCAAAGCUCUCUCAGCACAUGGAGUCAGUGGGAGUCUUAUCAGUCCACUUCGUGAUGCCAUGGUUCCUCACCCUCUUCACUUCCCUGCCCUGCUGGGACUCUGUCCUUGCUGUCUGGGAUCUCAUCAUUCUGCACGGCCUGCCAGCUGUGUUUCGUACUGCUCUGACCAUCAUCGAGCUCCUGGAGCCUCAGCUGAUGGACCUGAAUGAUGAGGGAGCAGUGUUACCCCUGCUGCUGAGAGUACCUGCUGAUUUGGCCAAGUACACUGUUUUGGUCCCUGCCCUGUGGGAUACUGAGGUCCAAGACUGGGAGCUUAAAUGUAUGAACAGUCUGGUGCUGGAUGAGAGCCACCAUGGACCCAAAGCAGAGCAGUGUGAAAACCAGAAGGCCACACUGUCCAGCCAAACCAGAGGAGGGAAAGAGGAAGAAAAGGGAUCAGCACUGUCAGAAGGAGAAAAACACACUGAGAAAGACUCAGUUGCCGGGGCUAAAAGUGUCCUGACCCGGGUGAUGCGUCUGGCUCAGCGGUACCUGUUAGACCCAAUGGGCCGACAGAGGGCUGAAGAGAAGAGUUCACAAACACAAGCCAAGUCCAGACAGCGCAGUCCUGCACUGGGACGGGUUUUCAGGAGUCGGACCUCAGCUUCACAAACACAAGCUCAGGUCAGAUCCAGUAGGCGGAGCCAGCCGAGAGGCAGAGCCCACCAGCCAGUAGUUCAGGGGCCUGAUGGUGAUGUCACGGUGACAGAUACAGCUGGGAAAACUGACAGAUCAGAGAAAACCUUCAGGAGGGCAGGCACGGGACCUGUUGGCAAGGUGGCCCGUCAUCACAGUAACCACAGCAUCAGAGUCAGGUCUCUCCGUCUUCUCCGAAGCGGAAAGAACCCAUUAAACCAGGCUCCUCCCUCCUCCUCUGUCCUCCCUUCAUCGCUCCGUUCCUCUGCCCUUCCUCCAUUGUCCUCCAUCCAGUCUCCAAGUCCCCCAUCAUCCAGUGCUUCUCGAAGCGGAGAGCCACACAAGCAGCAAGACACGCCCAGGAUGGCUUUCAUCAAGGAGUUGUCCUCCAAACAUCAGAUCAGUGUCCCAGUCAGAAAUGUGAGGGAGUCUACGCUGAUCUGACACUGAAGAAGGGAGACGGACACGAUGGAACGAGUGAAGGGUUAAAAUCCACUACAUGUUUACAUUCACUAUGAAGCCACUCUAAUUUAGUUACGUCGCUCAGGUGGUCUUGUUUGGUCUGGGACCGAGAAGUGACCAGCUCUCACAAAACCCAUGUUAAAUUACUGCACAGGUUAUGUGAGGACUUCAGUAAACACCUUUCCUAACAUGAACGGUUCUGAGCUUCAGAUCAUCUGAAGUGAACUAGAUUGUGUAGAUUAGAUGUUGUGGAUCUGUGAAACCAGAUUUCUGACAGAAUCUGAAACCUGGUGAUUGUUAUAAGUAGUUUUCUCUGUGUGCGUACGUGUGUGUGCAUGUGUGUGUGUGUGUGUGUGUGUGUGUGUGUGUGUGUGUGUGUGUGUGUGUGUGUGU